GAAGUAUUACUUUAUAUUUUUUCUCACUUAACAAAGCACAAUAUCAGUGUAUUAGAAUGAAACGGAAAUAAUUUUAUUCAUAUUAGAUCGAUCUAUGAAUAAACAUUUUAGCUAUAUCGAAUACAUCACCGCCGGUUUGCUGUGUUGGUUGCGUUUGAUUGGUCUUAUUUUAUUUCAGUAAUUUCACGAUUUACAGUGUGACUUCCGUUACUCGUAUGAUACUAAGAAAAGACAGUGCAAUGUGCUUAUAAUACAUUAGCUCUAGCUUACUGAUUCUCUAUAUUUAUGAAUAGAACAAAAUUAAGGAUGAAAGAGCAACGCUCAGAUUUAUGUUCCCGAUACAUAAAAAUAUUCAUUGUAGUUUCUUGCUAUUGGAUAGUAUCAAUAGUAACAGUUUUUGUAAACAAAGCCCUGCUGAGUGGUCAGACAGUGCCUCUGGAAGCACCACUGUUCAUCACAUGGUUCCAAUGCAUCAUUUCAUUCACAAUCUGUUCAAGUUUGGCCAAAACUGGAGGCAUUCCUGGAGUAUUUGCAUUUCCUAAGGGCUCACCUUGGAAUUGGGAUGUAGUCAAAAAGGUAAUCCCGCUAUCAAUAAUGUUCACAUUGAUGAUAGCAACCAACAACCUUUGCCUGAAGUAUGUAGAGGUUUCAUUCUACUACAUUGGACGGUCUCUAACAACAGUAUUCAAUGUUUUACUGACAUGGGUACUGCUUGGGCAGAAAACCUCGUCGCGGUGUGUUAUGUGCUGUGCCUUCAUCAUCUUUGGGUUCUACCUAGGUGUAGAUCAGGAGAAUUUGUUAGGUUCCUUUUCCCUCAUCGGAACAAUAUAUGGAGUCAUCGGCUCACUGAUGCUGUCUCUAUAUUCAAUUUUCACCAAAAAAGUGCUGCCACAUGUCAAUCAAGAAGUAUGGUUGCUUUCCUACUAUAACAACGCUUAUUCUAUCUUUCUCUUUCUCCCUCUAAUGGUGAUGAAUGGAGAACUGCAAGCGUUAAGUAACUUCACAAACUUCGACAGCACAUUCUUUUGGGUGCAGAUGGUCAUAGGUGGCAUCUGCGGAUUUGCUAUUGGAUACGUCACAUCUCUUCAGAUAAAGGUGACGUCACCCCUCACGCACAACAUCUCAGGCACGGCGAAAGCCUGUGCGCAAACUGUCAUGGCGACCCAAUGGUACGGCGAAACCAAGAAUACACUAUGGUGGUCGUCAAACAUCAUAGUACUAGCCAGCAGCGCGCUAUACGCUCGUUUCAAGCAAAUAGAAAUGGAGGAACAUUCUAGAAAACCGAUACCCGAAGAUAGGAAGACGUUAGUGUGAUUAAAUCAAGACUGAUAGUA